UUUCUUUUCUCGUCGAACCGUCUUUCAUCAUGGCCGAACACCCUUCUUUCACUCUCGCGGCUCUCUUGCCCGCCGGCGGUAUCGCCGGGUUCAUGCGAACUGGUUCCAAGCCCUCCCUAAUCGCAGGCGUGGGAUUGGGUCUUUCUUAUGGAUUCGCUGGGUACCUGAUCAAGGAAAACAAGGACUACGGCACGGAGCUUGCGUUGGGCAACAGCAUCCUCCUGCUCGGCUCGGCCAUCCCUAGGAUCAUCAAGACCAAGGCCCGGGCCCCCAUGCCUCUGGUCCUCGGUGCCACCGGUCUGCUGGCGUCGUUCUACUACCAGAAGAAGGUCCGGGAGUUCAGGUUCGGUGUUUGAUUCGCUGUAUUGUAUGAGAUGACUACUAAAGGCUUGAUUGCUGAGCUCAUAAGGGUGGCUGUGGACGCCCUGUGUAUUUUUACUGAGAAUGAGAUGCUGUACGUUAUGUGCUGGGCUGUUCUACUUGGGCUUGCGAUUAAUCGCACCAUAAUCCAGAUGGAUCACUGACCCGACAGGAUUGGGGAUUCUUCUGAGCGAACCAUUGGCCAGACCGAUUUCUUAUAUUUCUCUUGGGCGAGUAGUGAAAAUUUCUACCAUGAUAUUAUGCUCCGAAUCACUCGACAGUGCAUCAGACACAUCAGACUGAUAUACCGGGUCGAUGUUGUUUGCUUAGUCAGCAUGCUCAGCAUUAACUAACUAGUUAGUGAGUUAUGUAGAGUAUAGAUCAUCA